CUCUGAUUGUCUCUUCGGAUGCCAAACAGUGUGUUGCCGUACUUCGACUGAGUGAGCGUGCAGUUUGUGUGUGACCGUGACCGUAACGCAAUGGAGCAAGACAAAAAGGAAAGGUUUCUCACAUCGCAGCUGGUUGACAAAAUCAUUCAAUCGAAUGCAGAUCUGCAAGACUAUCGCACCGUGUCAGCGGGAGACCGUACACUUACCACACCCCAAGGUUUGGAUGGGUUUAUGUCGGUCAUACACCGGUUGACGUUAAAACUCACCCACCAACGCAGCGGUGCUACGAAAUAUCUGACCGUGAUGGUGAAGGUAAUGAAAGGUGAUGAUAACUUUCGCCAGAAAUCGCUCGGACUCGUACUCUUCCCGAACGAGAUCAACGUUUACUCGGCUGUAAUUCCGGCGUUCGAGCAGCUGGUGCGUGAAGCUGGCGCUACGCUCGAUCUUCGCACGCUCGCACCCCGGAUCUAUCUGGCCGAGGCGGGCGUUCGCUAUCCCGCCUACAGCGACCAGGAGGAAACGUUUCUCGUAAUGGAAGAUGUGUCAGUGGCGGGCUUUGUCCCAGGGCCCCGGUUGAACCUUGAUCAAACCCAUCUAGAGCUUAUGGCACGCAAGAUAGCCCAGUUCCACGCCUGCUCCUACGCUCUGCGUGUUGGUGGACAGUCGGAAACACUGCGCCGGCUGGUCAAACAGAUCAUUCCCCUUAACUUCCUGCAGGAUGGUAAAAUCUUCUUCGAAAGCUACGAUAUCGUGUUCAAGGUCGUUUUUGAGCGACUCUUCCGUUACUUCGACGAGAAGCCGGCACUGCUUGAGCAGGCCAAUAUAGGGGACCGUGUCAAGGCGUUGCGGAGCAAGUAUGAUACAACUCCCUCCGAACUGAUGCAACGUUGUCUCGAGCGGGACGAGCAGUACUCGGUGAUUCUCCACGGAGACUACAACCGGAACAAUGUGCUGUUUCGCUACGAGGGGAAAGUGCCUCAGGAUGUAAUGCUGAUCGAUUUCCAGGAGAAUCGGUGCGGCUCCCCGGCCCUUGAUCUGUCGUUCUUCAUGUACAUGAACAUGCCACCGGAAGCGUGGGCAAACGGGGGCUGGGAUCAGCUGCUCGCCGUGUACCAUCGGGAGUUGAUGCGAUGUCUUUGUGACAUCGUCAAACUGCAGCCAGACGAUGAGGCACUACAACCGUACAGGUUCGACGCAAUGAAGGAGCAUUUGCAGAAGCACUUUAUUUACGGUGCGAUCAUAGCGAUCAAGUUUCUACCCUGCAUGUUGGCCAACGAGCAGGAGGUACAGGAGAUUGUGCAUCACUUCCACACGGACGUUACGGCGGAUGCUUUCCGUCAGAUCUAUCUCAUUGCGGGAGGAGAAAUCGUGAACGAACGAAUCUCCAAAGUGAUGGUACAUGCCGCUCAGCAAGGUUAUCUGGAUAUGGUGGAGAAGGAAUAACGAAUCUCUUACUACUAUUCAGAGGAUGAGAUGGAUUUGAGCAACCUAUUAUCUAGAGGUCUAGCAUUAUUCUUUUAAACCAAAACAAUCAUAAACUACCUAAAACAUAGAAAAACAUACUUUUAGCCGAAGACAUCAAGGGUAUGAAAACAGAUACACGAUAGAAAGCACCAUGCAAUCUCACCAUGAUAAAUACGCUUCCGUGUCGCAUCGGAUUUAGUGUAACAAAUUUUGUCCGAAUUGCAAGCAUCCCGGAACAUCCAGCGGCAGUUCUGCUAGGCGACUCGAAAGAAUAGUUUUAUCACACAUUUGCUGCUCCCAAAAAUACGUGCUCCCUUGCUAACGCUUCUGGUUGUGUAUUGGAUACCUAUUGGGCACGGCAUCGGUAACCGAGGCAAUGCCCGCAAUGCUAUGACCAUAAGCAAUGGCCACCCAUAAUCAUGUUUAUCUCCCUGACCAAACCGUGCGAAGGGACCAUUUGUCUGGAUGGAAAAUCUGCGCUCAGCAGCAUCGAAUCUUUCACGGUACUACGGAAGCAACCAAUGAAAUCCAACGCCGGUGCUGACGCCGUUCUGCGUGACUGUCUUGCGUGUUUGGAGAUAUGGUGCAACAGUGAUAAACCUGCACUGUACAUUCGAUUAGCGGUAAGACAAACAGUGGAAGCAAACUAUUUUAUAAAACCCGCUUAAAGCUAUUUCUUAACCAUAAACUUUAGCAUGUUUUAUCAUUUCCUGGGGAAUUCUAUGGCUGUCUUUCUACGCCUUGACUUGCACUGCGCCAGCGCAACCAUCCUAUCAAUGCAACCGAGAGCUAAGUCUAAAAGUUUGGCCCGUGCUCUAUAUUUCACGCCACAUUCUUCGUCACAUUCUUUGUGCCGUUUUGUGCGGCACUUAAACAAAUGUGCGCUAUAAAACGAUUAUAAAGUCAGACACAGGACCGCAACCAGUACACAGCUGCACCAUUCAAAGGCCGGCGUGGAAGUUUUGCCCACCCCACCGUGGAGGGGAUCGGGAAAUGGAAAAUAGCUGCACAGUUGUUGGACAUUUAUGUUUCCCAUCGUGAGUCGGACCACGGCCCCCGAGCCGUCUCUCCGGGAUCGAUGCCGGACUCCAGUGAACGGUCCCACAAAGGAAGAGUGAUAAUUUGUCACAAUCAAACCCACCAUCACCAACCCGAUCUGUUUGAAGGCAAAAAACAACAACGCGCACCAACCGACAUAAUGUAUAAUGUUCACAGCAGCGGCAGCGAACGAAAGAGACAGAUUAUUUAUGCACAUUGAAAGGUCCUUUCCGUUUCGGUGUGUUUGAUUUUCUUGCUCAUGGCACACACAAUAAAAACGCUCCUACCCCUGACGACGCUUCUUGAACGGGGGAAUUUCCAA